ACAUACCCUGUCAGCGACCCAUCGUUGGCGGCAGCGGAGACCCGGAGCCGGAGCGCCCGCAAGGUCAGGUGCUUCCUCCAGCCGCAGCAGCCCCCAGCCCUGCGGGAGGGCGGCCGCCCCGGGCUCGGCCAAUGUAAGGAUCAGUCCCACUUCCAUCAGCAGUCUCGCGCCGAGGUCCCAGCGCUGCCUGACCGUCCGACACCGACUCCUGUCCCGGUGCGGGAGCUCGCAGGUCCUCGCAAGACCGUGCAAGGCACCAGAGCAGCAUGUACUUGUGUCUGGUGUGUGGGCUGGUGUUCCUGCUGGGGGCCACUGGGGCGCAGAGGAACGCAACAGUGCUGCCGGCUGCCUUUCUCCGCGACCUGCUCAACCGCUACGGGGACAACGAGGUCCUGGCGCUGCACCAGCUGAAGGCUCUCCUGAACCGACUGGAUGUGGGUGUUGGAAGCACCAAGAUACUGGCUGGGACGGGCAAUGGAAGUCUCUCCAAGUGCCUCUCCUCCUCGGAGAUCUUUGCAGUGCACAACCUGAGCAACAGCAGCAGGAUCGACGGGACCACCUUCACACACAUCUGUCCCACCAUCCUGCAACAGCUGGAGAGCGGUGCCUGUGCGUUGGAAAACCAGGAGAAUGAGGAGGACGAGGAGACUGUGGGGUUGAAGCCCACGACCGCUGAAGUCUGGGGUUACGGUUUUCUCUGCGUGACAGUCAUCUCGCUCUGCUCCCUGCUGGGGGCCAGUGUGGUGCCAUUCAUGAGGAAAACCUUUUACAAGCGACUGCUGCUCUAUUUCAUUGCCCUGGCAAUCGGGACGCUCUACUCUAACGCCCUCUUUCAGCUGAUCCCAGAGGCAUUCGGGUUUGACCCCCAGAAGCCGGACUACGUGUCGAAAUCGGUGGUGUUGUUCGGGGGGUUCUAUCUGUUCUUCUUCACAGAGAAGAUCCUGAAGAUGAUCAUGAAGCCCAAACAGAAGGGCCUGGGGAAGGGUCACAGCCACUGCUGCCCCCAGCAGCUGGUCAGCAGGAAUGACCAGGAGGAUGGAGUGAUGGAGAAACUGCAGAACGGAGAGCUGAGACUGAUGCCGUGCAGCCGCAGUGAGGACUGUGAGCAGCAGAGCCUGGCCGAGGGGGAGCCAGUGGUCACCAGGGCCUUGUCCGUGCAGGACCUGCAGCGUGGACAGCGCGGGGACUGUUACUGGCUGAAGGGCAGCCAGUACUCGGACAUCGGCACGCUGGCCUGGAUGAUCACGCUCAGCGACGGGCUGCACAACUUCAUCGACGGCCUGGCCAUCGGCGCCUCCUUCACCGUCUCCGUCUUCCAGGGAAUCAGCACUUCCGUCGCCAUCCUGUGCGAGGAGUUCCCCCACGAGCUCGGUGACUUUGUGAUCUUGCUGAACGCCGGGAUGAGCCUACAACAAGCCCUCUUCUUCAACUUCCUGUCAGCCUGCUGCUGUUACAUCGGACUGGCCUUCGGCAUCCUCGCCGGCAGCCACUUCUCCCCCAACUGGAUCUUCGCCCUGGCUGGGGGCAUGUUCCUCUACAUCGCCCUGGCAGACAUGUUCCCCGAGAUGAACGAGGUCAGCAAAGGAGAGGACGGGGAAGAAUCGUUGGUUGUGUUUGGGAUCCAGAACGCGGGCCUGCUGACGGGGUUUACCAUCAUGCUGCUCCUCACCAUGUACUCGGGAGCCAUCCAGAUCGGCUAGGGAGGCAGCGUGGCAAGUGGAUCUCCGCAGAGGUGGCGGCACAGUGUGGAGCCACCUGUCCCUCAGAGCAGGACUCCAAGCAUUCAGAAGAGAUGCACAAGUAAUUCCAGACACUGGCUGUGCAUCACUGCCACAGCUGAGGUGGCCUCUCAUGUAGAAGUCUGCCCUUCGCAGAGUAUAUCAUUAGGUUAGUUAGCAACAAACUCAUUCCAGCUUGCUCACAGGUCCGACAGCCGACAUGGUGGAGAUUUUCCUGACCAUAAUCAGUGUUAAAGGGAGUCUGUUCCAUGUCAAACCCAAGCCGAAACAUUCUGACCCUGGACAGGGUGGUUCCCACACAUGCAAGCACAAAAGGAUGGCUCCAAAUCACGGAGCCUUGUCUCACCUUCAACUGGACCCAUUCCCGAGCUUCCCGCAGUUGCGUUGGGUCCCAGUGGUGCCGGAAUUCUCAGAGUGGUCAUGGCCCCUCACUCAGGCUCACGGGCCCGCCCCUCGAUCCCAGGGGCUGCUAACCAAAUGGUGGGGUUGGAAUUGGGUGCUGGUGGUUGGUUUUCCUGCCCCUUACCCCUUCUCUGCUCCCCCCUGCACCCCCCCCCCCGCCCCCUGCUCUGCUCUGCCCCACCCCCCUGCCCCCCACUCCACUCUGCCCGGUUUGUCCACUGACCCCUUCCCCUGUGCAGGGGAUGUGAUUGUACCUGUCCGCUGCUUCCUGGGUCAGAAUGAGUCUGUUUCUGUUUAUCCAAAGAACGGAGCAUGGGCCGGAGGACCCGCACUGUGCCGUACUGUUCUAUGGGACCUGUGCCCUUCCUGCCACUGGUCUUCACACUUUCCCCAUGCUGCUACGCUCACUCAUGGCCACUGGGCUGGGCGCUGCUCUCUGCCUGACCAGCACUGUGAUGGGCCACAAGGAAGGAAAUGGUUGAAACACUCGGCAGGUCAGGCAGCAUCUGUGGAGAGAAACCCAGAGUUAACAUUUCAGGUCGAAGACCCUUGUUAGAACUGGGAAAGAGAGAGGGUUAGUUUGAUGUCACGGAGAAGAUGGAGAGAGGGGUGGAUGGGAGAAAGGGAAUAUCUGUGAUAGGUUGGGCCAGGGUUGCUGUGGGGAUGUUGAUGGGGCAGUUAAAGAGGGUGGCAAUGCAGGGUGAUGUGUUGCAAGUAUUAGGUCAGGGUGUGCUAAUGGAGAGGGGGACGACUGAACCCAUAUCACACUCACAUGACCUGUAGCAGAAAGAGAGCGCGAGUUGCCUGAAGAAUUCAAUACUAGGUCCAGAAGGCUGCAACGUGCUCAGACAGAAGAAGAGAAGUUGUUCCUCAAGCUUGUGAUGGGCCUCACUGAAACAGUGCAAGAAGCCACAGACAGAUGGGUCAGAGUGGGAGUGGACAGAGUGGAACAGUGCAGGCAGGGUUACCCUGGGGACUGAACAGCACAGGAGCAUGACUGGCUGACUGCAGGAGGCUCUGACCACAGGGACUGGUCACGCAGGGCCGGACAACACUGCCUCAGACGGUGAGAUCACUGGGGAAAGGGAAGUGGAGGCUCCUGGACCCAAGCAAGCUACAAAUGGACAUUCUCCCAGUUUUGAGAAAGUAUCUUCGACCUGGAACGUUAACUCUGUCUAUCCACAGACGUUGUCUGACUUGUUUCCACUGUAGUUGGAAGGGUGCAACUACAGUGUGACGUUUACAUGGCCAGCAUUCAUUAUUAAUAUAGCUUUAGAAAUCCAAAACUGACAGCAGAAUCUGGCAUUCAAAGAGUGACUGUGUAACUGGCAGAGUCAGAUCCUUCUCUCUGACCCCAUUCACCCUGAAUCUUGCAGAUCUCAACUCCUUGUGUGAAUCUGCUUGGCCAUUGGAACUAAUUCCCUGAAGCCCAGCGUACAGCGAGCCAGUUGGCCAGCUGUUUGUGAGCCUGCAGGCUGGUGCAUUGUCAUUGUCUUCUAGGAACUGAGUCACCGGGGAAAGGAGUGGAUGCUCUGGGGAAUUUUGGGCACAAACUAUAGAAUGGUUAAGGCUAGCAGUGAUCCGGUGACUCUUCUGGAAGAACAGCAUCUACUGCAACGUACUUGUUCGUUGUUCCCUUUCGUAGUUGAUAGUCUAAAUAUACAACCUAGUGAUAGUUUGAUCCAAAAAUAUCAGGGCCCUUUGUGCAAUAUAUUUGAUACAGAGAGCAAUAGCACAGUAUGUUAUUAUAGAGACAAUGCAAUACCUACUGUCUACAGAAAACAAAAGAGAGUGUGUGAUAUGUACGGAGGGUCUGUGCUGUAUCGUCUGCUGAGUGAGAGGGUGGUGGUGUGAUAUUACCAUACAUCCAGCAGUGGGUGUGUGGAGGUGGUGGUGGUGGUGAGGUAGGGGUGUACUGCUAUUCCAUGAUGUUUAAACCAAAUGCUGGUUGUCUUUGUCCAGUCCCCACGUCCAAAAUCCCUGUAAAGAUUCCCUCAGUCCAUUGGCCUGAACUAAAGGGGGCUGAAGUUGUGUAACUUACCCUGAGACUGAGGAUGAGAGGCCCAACAGGGAUGAAACCAGCUUUGGCCCAGCUGUGCUGUUUAAAUGCAAUAUCUCAGUAAAACCGAGAAGUAUUACGACGACGUGCUAGAUGCGGAUAGUGUGAUUUUUAAACAGAAUUACCAAAUGCUAUUUAUUUGUUACUUUUGUAAAACACCAGUACUAGGGUCUGUGAAGGGGUGUUUCUCUGCAAUAAUCCACUGCUGAGAGGAUCACAUCAAGGCAAUGAGUCAAAGCCUCCACAUUCGACAGGGGGCUGGGAUGUCAGUAGGAGGGUCGCUGAUCCAGGAAGGAGGACUUUGGGAGACUUGCUCACCCCAGGAGGUUUGUGGGAUUCUCCAACUCUGCGCCUCAACCUCUGGCAUGCUUGGAAUGAACCCAUCUUCAUCAGUCUGGAACCUGACCCAAUCUGCUAUAAAAACCUCAGGACUGACUACAGGGGUUCUGGUCCUUUGUGUCACAUUGUAUGCUGUGUGUUCGGAAAGACUGAUGCCAAAUUAAUACACACCACGCUGGCGAUGGAUUAGGUUAUACAUUGUGAAUUGUAGAAUGUUGGGGUAGAAAGUUAAAUAAAGGUGAGCUGAAUUCUGA